AAGAAUGCGCUAUUUUGAUCUGGUUCUGCCUGACUGCCGAUGACAUCAUAGCUCUAUGCAGCACACAUAUCAACGUAUGCGAGCUCUUUGGGAUUCCAUUGUUCACCCGCCGCUCUUAUGCUCUUGGCGUCUCUCACAGCAGCAGCUCUCUUAACCACAUGUGGCUGCUCGGUUGUGGUUCUGCUCUGGCGGAGGUCAGCAAUCGAUGAUGGGGCUCUGGUCCAAACAGUUACAAUGGAACAGCACCAGCCAGUGGAGAGAUUACAGGUCAGGCUGCUGCCCGCCCAGACGGCUGAGGAGCGGGCCGGUAACAUCAUAGCCCAUGUGGUAGUGGAGGGUCAUCAGGCCUCCCUGGUUCCCUACAUCGAUGAGCAGAGCUGCGAGAAGGUCACUCUGCGCUCCCAUUUGGAGGCAGCUGCUCCACCAGUCGUCCAGCAGCCUCGCUUGCGGUACUAUGCCGUCGGCCCCUCCACCUACAAACUUCUGUGCCCCCUGUGCCGCGAGAGGAGCGAGGCGGCCGUAAUGCGGGCUGCCAGUUGCAAGGAUGCCAGUUUCUGCCUCAGCCUGCUCUCCUGCAUCUUCCCGCUCUUCUGGAUCUGCUGCGUGUGCACCUGGUGUGGCUGCAACCGAGAGUGGACCACCAAAGGCGUCUACUGCAGCCAGUGCGGCGGUAAGGUGGGCAUCCAGCGCAAGGCCAAGUAGUCGGUGGACCAAUUAAAAUGGAAUUAAUGCCAAACAUUUUCAGUUAUAAUUCUAUUACGCAUCUAACUCAAUUAAAGAAAAAUCAAAUAAAUCAUCUAGGGGCUCUCUUUCCCAUUCACUGUU